UAUAGAGGUCCGCGCACUACGUUAUCCGGAGGAGAGCUCUCUGGCUUUUGUCAUUUUGUAGAAGCAGUGACCGCUAAUUUCAUGUUCAAAAAUAAUACAGGACAACAGGUGCUUCUUGAAACAAAAGAUAUUUGAUAAACAGUCGCUUCGUGUUUGUGUUCUCUACUUUUGUCAAGUGCACUGAACAGUUGUUGUCUGCACUAAGUUUAAGGGUUAGUAUUUAAACAAUUUGAGAUUCUGGAGUCGUCUCCAUGUUCAGUUACUCUUUAACAUGGCGAGAAGUUGGAUUUUCCUAAUGAUGGUCAUGGUGGUGACCUUGGCAGGUCUUGAAGUAGGGGAAAAAGCUGCUGUAGUGGACGACGGUGACGAACAAGGACUUGGAUAUCUGGAUCACGCAGGAGAGAGUUUCUUCCAGGAAAAACACCUCGAAAAGAACCAUAAUGCAGAACAUGAGAACGUGAGGCAUCACUGGCACCAGAAGGCAAGAGAAACCCGGAGAAGGGACGCCAUGAGGCAAAACAAGAGGUGGACCAAUGAAGAUAAGCAAAACAGGAGAAGAAUUCGUAAACAACAAGCUGUAAAGGAGAUGAGGAGGAGGAGGAGUGAUGAAUAUCACAGAAGAAGAAGAGACGUGCAUAACAAUAAACAAAAUAUGAAAGGAGGCAAGAGAAGACGUCGAGGAGACUCAGAUUCCGGGCAAGGCAGAAGAGGCAAGUAUAGAAGUAACAGCCUCAGUCGUAGCCGUAAAGAGAAGUUUGUGAGGGCGAGAGAAAAAACCCGAAAUUCGAGGAGGAAUCUGCCAAGUGACUUGGAUGAAAAGACCGACAGGUAUUCCGGUUAUUCGUGGGGAGGACAGGGAAAAGGAGUAAAGAAGCGAAAAGAACAGAGGAGAGGACCUAAAACAAACAAAAAGGGAGAGAAGAGAGGAGUAAAGAAACUCGAUGGUAUAAAAAAGAAAGCAAAUAAGAAGAAGGUAUCUUCAAGAGUUAAGAGUGUGAAAUCGACAGGUCCAAAAAGAAAGAAAAUUAAAAAGGUGAAAAUCAUUUUGGGGAAAGGAGGAAAAAAAGCCAUUCCAAAAGGCUCCUGUAAAGUGACCAGGAUCGUCUCCGCCGAGGACGGCAACUCGGCUCUACUUUUUGGAUACAAUAUGCAGAAAAAAGGCAGCUGUAGAAUGACUUUUAAGGGUCCAAAGGAUUCCACGCUGUCGCUGGACUGCCCACAAUUCGAACUUAACUCGAAAGGUUGUGAUCAAGAGGUCAUGGAGAUUUAUGACAAGAAAAGUAAGAAGAAGAGUGAAUACUGCAUGACCUCAGGACCUGAGAACUGGGAGUCAUCUGGCAACGUAGCUGUGAUUACUUUUCAAAGGGAGGCAUCCAAGGACAAUUGUGGCCGUAACUUCGUCUGUCAGAUUACUGUUACAGGAUCACCUCAAACAGUCAAGAUGUUAGGCAAGGACGGAGACUGUGAUAAAUCGAUCAAUCUAGCCACAGGAGAAUCUGCUGCCAUACAUACCGUAAAUGGACCAGGAAAGAGAAACUGCAAGGUUGAUAUCAAGGGGCCAAAAGGCACAUAUUUCAACAUUACUUGCCCAUUGCUAAGCUUGGAUGGAGAAUACUGCUCGGAAGAAGUUACAAUCAAAGAUGAAGGAUCAGGAACUUAUGGGUACGAAUUUGCUUGUGCAGGAGACAAAGGUGGCCUUAGCCUUGUCACCGAGAGUCACAUGGCUUCAGUGGAGCACACCAGACAGAAAGAUGAGCAGAAGAACCUUUGCUCGGCAGGGUUUGUGUGUGUGGCCUCUGUCGUCGGUAAGGAGCAAAAAAAAAUUUAAUGCUGUUUGUGUGUGUGUGUGAGAGAG